AUGUUACAAAUAGCAAAGAACAACUUACUUCUUCAGAAGACUUUGACUGAAAAGAUAUUUCCACAACCCGAAAGCUCUUUAAAGUCUUUGGAUAGAAUUGUCACUGAUUUCGACUUUACUACUUACCAUGUUUCCAACCUAGAUGAUAACAAGGAAUUGAUCCUCAUAUCAAUAUACCUUAAAUGCUGGGAUGACUUGGUUAAAUAUGGAGUGUUCAACUACCUAAAUGAAAAAUUUGCCAAAUUUGAGGGCCCGUUGACGAUUUUACCCAAUGGUGAAAUUGAGCAAGGUUAUAAUUAUUCGUUGGUUUUGGAUUUGAGUAAAUUGAAUUCAAAAGACGAAGAGUUCAAGCUUCAAUUAAUUGAAGAAAUAUCAUUCUUGAAGAGGCAUGCUAUGGCAGCUCCAUUUGAGCAAGCCUUUAACCGGUAUGAUGAGUUGACUCAAACAUAUGCAAACAGCAAUACUUAUUCGGAAGAGAUUCAAUCAGAAUUACAAAAGGAACCAGUAUUAGUUGUUAAAUACCGUGGUUCAGAUGAAAGUAUUUAUAUUAAACCUUCAUUUGACAGAGUUACUGUUAUCUUUUCUACAAUAUUUCUUGAUGAAACUGAUAAGAUAUUUGGAAAAGUGUUUCUUCAAGAGUUCGUCGAUGCAAGAAAGAGAUCUGUUCAAACCGCACCCCAAGUUUUGUACUCACAUAAGGAGCCUCCUCUUGAUAUCCAAAAUGUUAUAACUGCGUCUCGUGAUGAUGACAAAAAGGGUUAUGUGACAUUCGUCUUAUUUCCAAGACAUCUUGUUAAAGGCGACAGAAGGGAAAAUUGUAUUUCACAUAUUCAGUUCUUUAGAAAUUAUUUUCAUUACCAUAUCAAAUGUUCCAAGGCAUACAUGCAUUCAAGAAUGCGGUAUAGAGUCAAAGAAUUUUUAAAGAUCUUGAAUAGGGCUAAACCAGAAAAUAUAGACGAAGAUGGUAAAAUCAUUGAAAGUAGAAAAACUGCUAGCGGUAGAAGAUUUGAUGCUGGAAGAGUUUAA